AAUCUUUUACCACUAAUUUCAGGAUUUACAAAGCAGUAUUCAUGCCAAAGUAUUUGAAGACUUGGUGAAAUUUGUUAGAAAUUCUGGCGAGGAGAGUUGCACCAUAAAUGCUUCGACUAGAGGUGGUAAAUCAGUGGAAGGCCAGAGAGAUAUACCUACAGCAUGCUUAGUAACGGGUGUAAACAUGCCAGACCACGAUGCAGUGUUUAGCAGUUUAGUUGGCCUUCUGGUUGAAGGGGUUACACCACACAUUGCACAGCUUCGAAGUAGAGAAUGCACCACUCUUAGAGGUGCCAUUCAUAAGAUGAUCACACAGCUGAUGGGUCAGAAUGACUUGGUAGAUCUUGAUUUUGAAGAUGAAAUGAUGAAAGUACCAUCCAUUAAGAGGACUCAGGUUAAUAUGGCUGUAUUAACUUCAUGGUAUCAGGUAAGAUAAUAGUUAUUACUACUCAUCUUGUUAA